GAAGUCCUACUUGUUCGACGUGUACUGAAACAGCACCGAGUUAUUCUUCUCCCCAGUUUCACCGCGUAAAACGUCGACGCCCCCCCGCCCCCCCCCCCCCCCCCCGGUCAUCUCUCCACUCUCAGUCGCCGACCCGCAUUCCUCCUCCUCUCCUCCGCCGCUGCUUCUGCAUAUCCCCAGAAUAAGAGCCCCCCCUCUUCUGUAUACGCAUUAUUAUUUGGUUACCUUUUCAUCGUUGGGGAUAAUGGAUACUACAGUCACCAUGGAUGAACCAAAUGCAGUGGAAAAUAUCUCUCAGAAAAUCGUGAAGAAUGUGGAGGAGAAAUUUGUUGUUGUUGUAGAAGCUGAAGAGAAUUUAAGUGAGGUAUUCCCGUUAUCUAAGGUGGCUCCUAUAGGGCCUAUAACCCCAGAUUCAAAUAAAGAGACUGGGGACUUCCUCUUCUGUUUUACAUCCCCUUUAACGUUGGUUUCUUCGCCUCGAAAUGAUAACUUGCGUGCUUCUAUCGAUUUUAGUCCCUGUACCCCGAUGGAGGAUGGUUUCGACCCGUUUGCUCCGGGUCCAGAGGAGCUCGCGAUGGCUCCUCAUUGUAAGAAGUACCUAAAAGAAUCACGAGUCAAUGUUGCGCGGCGGCUUAAGUAUGAUUCUUCUGUGAAUUUUGUCCUGGAUGGAAAUCGCAAAAGUGAUGCUGAAACCAUCUCAGAUGACGAGAUGAUACUGGAAACAGUGUAUGAUACACUUUUGGAAGCUAUUGUUUCGAAGCAGACGGAGGGGCUUGUUACUGAAAUUUUACCUCUGGAUCGAGGUUUUGAUGGGUUUAAAACCCCUGAUUCUGCUACCCGUCUUAGUGGAAUUGCGGAAACCUGUCCCGGUGCUCCUGUGAAGACCACAGGAACCACAAGAAAAUUAAGGAACGUUGAUCAGGGUUUAUGCAGAAAGCUUGAGUUCUGACUUGGGUUCUGCUAAAAGGUUUAAAGCUGACGUUAUGAGGGCUUUUUAUGUCACAUACCUCUGUGCCUGGUACCGAUAAGGGGUAGUACAGGAAUACUCACUCCUCAUCAUCGACUAACCCUGGAUACUACACAUUAGGGAAUACUGCUCUGUAGGAAUUGUAUUUUGGUAACUGUAGUGCUAACUCAUAUUGCUAUGGAUUGGUAUUCUUGUAUUCCUAUUUUUUGAAACCCUGAAAAUUGUGAUCUGUGAGGAUUGUUUCGAUGGGAAGGUAGUUCUCUCUCUGACUACGUUUAUAGAGAUUAGAGAGUAACAUAUUGAAAAGUACUUAUUUCUCAGAUUAAUUUAAAUUCAGUUUCAUAGAGACCGUUGGUUUCCUUAUUAGAGAAAA